UCAAUUUUUAAUUUAAUUAACAUAUAAGUUUGAAAUAAAACAUAAAACUAAUAAAAAUCAAAACCCUGGAACAAAAAUCAGAAAAGAAUCAAAAUCGUGUUCAUCAUGUUCUUCUUCUUCUUCCAUCUUGCUUUUGCAGGUACCUUGCUACAAAAUAUGAAGCCGGAGACGGAGGUGACAACUGGGUUGAGUUGUGGCUACGAUGACUUUUGACUUGUCGCUGCGAUGAGGCUUAAGAUCUGCAAUGGAGGUUGGUCUGAGGUUUCAAAUCUAAGGAUGGUCAGGUUGCGGAAGGACGUCAAGCUCCCCUUCCGAUCAGUAAUCUCUGGGAAAUGAAGAUAUGAACCCGACGAGAUGGCGGUUGGAGGCUCAACGACAAGGUUCUUGGUUUCUUCUAGGUGCGACGACACCAGAUCUACACUAGGUGACAAGGCCUUCAAUCUGACGUGGGGCGAUUGACGAGGCUUCAGAUCUAGCAUCCAUGAGUUCGGUCGACUUCGAUUUGCAGAUUUGGGUUGGAGGAGGUGAGGAGUUUUACUCAAGCUUCUGGGUUUCAAGGGUUUCCUAUGUUCUUGCAAGAUUAAAGAGCUUUUGUUGUCAUGGUAUGAGAUCCAAUUUCUAGUUUGAAAUGUGGGUUUGUUGGAUUUUUUGAGGGGAAUAUUCUGAUCUAAUUUCAUGGUUUAUUAAGCAAUUUUUUGUUUCAUUUUUUGUAUUUAUGAAUAAAUUUGGGUUCAUGAGAUUUUGAACAUUGAUUUUUAUUUUAGGUUUGGUUAUUUUAGAUCUAAGAUGAGAUAUUGCCUUAGUGAUGAUGACCAAUUUUUCUUCUUUUUUGAAUCUAGGUUUGAGAUGAAAUCAAUAACACAUUUUAGUUUUUUGAUUUAGCUUUUUCUUUGAAGCAGGGUUUGAGAUGAAAUAAAGAACACACUUUAGUUUUUUUAUAUACAUUUUUUCUUUGAAUUUGUGUUUCAGACGUUUAUUUUGUUUUAAUUAAGUUUUGUUUAAGAUUUUACUUUUUUUAAUUAAGUUUACCAUAUAUAUUAAAAUUUUAUUUUUAAAUUAAAUAUUACAUUAUUUAAAUUUAUUUUAAAUGUUUUAAUUUUAAAAAUUAAUUUAAUAAAAAAUUAAAUGUUAAAAUUAAUUUAUUAAUUUAUUAAAAUGAAAAACCCAAGGCUAUUUUGGUCAUAUUUAAAAAAAGUGUGACCAAAAUUGGUCCAUUGUACUCUUUUGUUGCAUUUUGCAAAACGCGUGGUCUAAAUUAUCAUAACAAAACACAAAGGUCCUGUUGGUACACUACAAAAAAAACGUCCUAUACCGAGAACAUCGUACCGAGUACAAGUUCUCGGUAUAGAUCUUUUACACACCCGCCUCUUUUACGCGGUUUUUUUAUUCUAGUUUGUGUACCGAGCUCAUUUAUCUGAAAUGGAAAAAAACCAAAACUCGUUUUCUCCGCCCCCCAUUUCUGUUUUCCUGCAUUUCGGCCCCCACAAACUUUGUUUUUGGUCAAAGUUUCCCUUCCAAAGGCGAUUUAAGUGGCUAUAAGGCUUAUUGAGGUUUUGCAUUGUAUACCAGCGGUUUUAGAGGUUGGGUAUUCGGUUUUUGUUGGACUAAAGAGAUUGCUAGCAAGAUAUUGAAGGCAUUGAUAUGGCUGAUGUUAUUGCUCAAUCUCACGGGGGUGAUGGUGGAGGAUGCGAUCCUCCACGUGGACCGGCAGAUAUCCCAGCUGAUUGUGAACGAGCGCUUCCAAGUAAACGUGGACGCCAUAAGGGAUUGAACACGCGGGAAAAGAGGGAACAGUUGGGGCGUCCUCUCCCUCUCGAGUGGGAUGUGCGGGGGAGAACAUAUAAAGAGAUCGGAGAGUACAGCUCAAAUUUCUCAAGAGAGCUCGGAUUACUUGUUCGACAGUACACAGAUCCGGACUGUCCUCAAUGGUCAAAAGUACCAAAUGCCUCGAAAGAAAGAAUACUUGCACAUUUGGAAGAUGAUUUGUUUGAUAUUGGGCGUACUAGAUAUGGAGAAGGGCAUAUGCCUGGGAUCUUGAGAGGCAUUGAUACUUCGUGUGCUAAAAAGUAUUCUGACUGGAAGUACGAUAUUAAAGAGCACUUAACGAUUAAUGGGCCACAAAAUCGUUAUGGUGGUUGCACGGAUACGCAGUGGCAAAAAGCAAUUGAUUUUUUCCGUCGCCCAGAAAUUACGAAACGUUCUGCGGUCAACAAGGAGAAUAGAAAGAAACUGAAAGAGCUUAGCUAUGGAGGUUCUCAGUCAAUCCCAACCUUAUGCUAUAAAAAGCGCAAUUUAGAGACUGGGCAACUUGAGUCCAUCCCGGAUAGCUGGAUGGAUACUCACCAUAAAUCAGGCACAGGGUGGGUGACAGAGACAGCAAAAAAUACUUGGGAGGAAUUGCGUGCAUACCGCGACACACAGCAGACACAGGCAACUGAUACUGAGAGUUCCACACCAGUUUCGAGUGCGCCUGAAGAUGAAGACAUAUCUUUGGUACAAAAUGUCUUCGGAAAACGACGGGGCCACCAGAAAGGAUAUGGACGUAUCCUUAACAUAAGGGACCGAACUCCAUUUGAUUUUCGUCCUUCACAAACUAGAGAUGAAGAGUUGUCUGAGAUGAGAGAGCGUCUUCGACAGUUAGAGGAGCAUGUCCGGACUCAUUGUAUCACCCCGGGAUCUCAAUCUGCCCCACCACCACCACCCGAUGAUCCUGAUGUUGGAGCACCGACUCAGUAGGACUUAUGUAUGAAUUUUAUUACAAUUGACUAUUACAUUAUCAUGUUUAAGACAAGUCUUUAUUUUAAUUCAACGAAUACACUCUUAUGUUUUUAUUUAUAUCUUUAAUAUAAGUGUUUUAAUUUUA